GGUGUGAUCCGCCGUCGCCAUUUUCGCCCUCGAAAAUUUGUAACAUUUGAAGAGAUUGUCUGCAUUUAUGGGCGGAUUCUACCAGGAAAACCUCAAAAACACCAACCGCCGCCGCGUUUGAUCGUUACAAGGGGUUUCUUUCUGACGUUCUGGGGAGAUUUUUUCCGACCAAGGUUGACCAAUGGUAGUGGAGGAGGAAAGCCAGCAUGUUCCACCACCACGCACGGCGCCGUCCACGGGGAUGUCAUCGCGGGAACUGUGCGAGAACGACGACCUGGCGACCUCCAUAGUCCUGGACCCCUACCUGGGCUUCAUGACUCACAAAAUGAACACAAGGUUUCGCCCAGUGCGUCCGGGAAAGAGUGAGGACCACAAACAGAUUCUGGAGAACAUGCGGAAGUCUGGGAACACGGAGAAGGCCUUCACAGACCUGACCCAGGGGGAGUGGAUCUGGAAGUACCUUCAGCACAAGACUCAGCACCAGAAGAAGAUAUUCAAAUCACAUGUUGUCCGUUACCUGCACAUGUUCCAUCCUGAUGCUGGGUUUGAGGUAGUCCCCUGUGACAGGUACUCCUUGGAAAAGCAUGGAGCUAAGAUUCUGGCCACCAAGGCUUGGACUAAGAAUGAGAAGAUCCCCAUGCUGGUUGGCUGUAUUGCGGAGAUAACGGCAGAGGAGGAGAACCAGCUGCUGCAGCCGGGGGUGAACGACUUCAGCGUCAUGUUCUCCACACGCAAGAACUGUGCACAGCUGUGGCUGGGACCGGCUGCCUUCAUCAACCACGAUUGCAGAUCAAAUUGUAAGUUUGUGUCCACCGGUCGUGACACGGCGUGUGUGAAGGUCCUGAGAGACAUCGAGGCCGGGGAGGAGAUCACGUGUUACUACGGAGAGAGUUUCUUUGGUGACGACAACUCUUACUGCGAGUGUGAGACCUGUGAAAGGAGAGGGACAGGAGCUUUUGCUUCCAAAGAAGGGAACAAGGAAAAAGUCCACAACACCAAGUACGGGCUACGGGAAACCGACAAAAGAAUACAACGUCUCCGCAAAGGCAGCAGUGCUUCAGCUACCUGCAACAUGAGUGACAAAGCCUCCACAAGGAACUCUAAGUUGAGUUCAAGAAGGGCCUUGGGCGGCAGCAUUGAUGUAAACACGAGCGGACCAUACAAGAUAACAAAGUACGACCGUGAACUUCUAGAAGCACAGGGGAUCAAGAUUCCAGAAGCCAAGGUAGUCUUGACGAGAAGCGUCCUCCCAGAAAAAAUGAACGGUUCAAUAAACCUGACUUCUCUCAGUUUGAGGGAAAGGGGAAGGAGGACAACACGAAGGAGGCUGUCCGCAGUAGGCAAUUCCUCAGUGCCUGACAAGCUGGAUGCUGCUACUGGUAAAGAAGGUGUCCUCAGUAGAGUUAUGUCUAUGCCUGCGGCAUCUAGGAAGAGACAGGUCGGGAGGAAACGCUCUGUGUCCCCUCCAAAGUUGAGAACUCACAAGGAUGAAAACAUGGAAGUGAUUACAGACAGGGGACAGCUGAUUACAGACACUUCCUUGAUACCUCAGAAGGAGACAGACUUAGCCACUAAGACGUCACAAGCAGAUCAGAAAAGCUCAAGUUCCGACUGUGAAGACUUUGUCCCAGAAGACCACAGCUGUGCUACAGACUUGUCAGCAGCUGCUGUGGAGAAGAUGAAGAAAAGAGCUGCUAAGGAGAGGAGAAGGAGGAGACGGGAAGCCAGGAGGAAUGGUACAGACGUGAAUGGCAGGAAAUUUUCACCUAACAGAACUAAGUACGAUUCCCAGUUGAUUACAGAGAACGGGAAGCUACCUAAAGUAACCAUCAGACUACGCAAUCGAAACUACCCAGAAAUCAUUGGAAGGACAGAGGCUAUUUGUGGGGCUGAGAGUGAAGUGUCUGAUAGAGGCAGAACGUCCGAUGCUACAGGUCCAGGCACAAGCAACACUAAGCCAAGUGCAAAUACCUCUGCCACUGGCCGUCCUAAGCUGAAAAUCAAGCUUUGUCGGCCAAAUGGGGAGUUCCAAGUGGAACAGAAUGGCGGAAACCCCCCAGGUAUCACGGAGCUAGGUCUGGCACCCUCACAAUUCUAUGGCAGAGACAGGAACAGUUUAGGUCAUGGGGUAGAGUUCAAGGAUAGUUCAGGGGUCACUAGAGUAGAUUAUAAUCACAUUUCGGAAGCAUCCAGGGACCAAGAGUUCAAAGACAGUUCAGGGGCUACUAGGGGUCGAGGGUCAAAGUUCAGGGACAGUUCAGGGGUCACAGGUCAAGGGCCAGGAUUUACUACCCGGAGGAGGAAGUGUAGUGGUGGAAGUGAGUGCUGCUCCGAGGAGUGUGUCGCUAGUAGGGCCAAGAAACUGCGACUGAUUGUCGGCAACGACUCCAUUGAUAUCGAUUUGGCAUCCAGAAACCGAGAAGUGAACGGAAAGAGUGGCCCUUGAGUAGCAACCUGGUAAAUUAUUGGCUAGUGUAUCGUGCAAACAACCCAUCCAGUCACAGUUCAAUGUAUAGCUUGUAUAUACAUAUCUCAAUGUGUGUCUAGUGACUCUAGUCUAUGUGAAUGUUUUCUGUCAAAUUGGCUCUUGAAUGUGCAACAGUAGUUCAAUAUUUGAAGUAAAGUUUGAAUACAUAAGGUUUAAAAAGUUAGAACACAAAAGGCAUAAAAAGUUGGGACACAAAAGGUUUACAAAGUUGAAGCAUGCACAGAAGUUUCACAAAGUUGGAACAGACAAGCUUUAUAGAACUCUCCGUUAACUCAAAACACCAGACUGAAUUUUUAAUACCUCCUUAUUCUGUAAGGCCUAGGAAAACAAAUGUUUUGUUUCCUGUUUCCCGACUGAGCCUAGAAACAACUGCCGACCCUAGCCCUUUUUUGGGGGG